UAGUUUUUCUGUAUGAACAUAUGUGGCCAUGUCAACGGUGGUAUCUUCAUGAUAUUAAUAUAUUCUCCUUUAAAAAAAAUGGCAAUGGUGGUUCUGUAACUUGCUCACUUUGCUUGCAGUAAGUAUAUAGUAAAGACUAGUUAUUCUCCAAAAAAAAAUGCAUAGUAAGGACUAGUUAAGGAGAUCAAACUCCAUACAUUUAGACGGAAAUGCAGGAGCUAUGGACAUGCAUUCUGUAAAAAAAAUCAGAGGGUUGUGACUUCAGAGGGUGAAACUGAGAAGGUGAAUUUGAGAUUUGAAUCAGUCAGAACAAGGGCAGUAGAGUACCUGCAUGCCGCCGUUGGAGAGGAUCACUGGACUACGCCGACCGUCAUGACGGAAAUGCGCGCGGCGGCAGCUGCCUUCCCGGACUCCGGUGGCCGCUCGUCGUCCCCUCUCACUAUGUGUCUGUGUUACUCUCUCUUGGUCUCGGUAGGAGGAGCCCAGGAAAAGAAAAGAAAAAGUAUGAGGAGCCCAGCAGGCCGGAUGUGCCGCAUUCAUUCAUGGGCUUCCAAAACGGAGUCAAUCCAGUUGCGUGGCGGCCCAAUGAUUCACUCUCCCUUAUCCAGACGGCUCGGCUCUCCUCCCCUCUGCUCUGCUGCUCUGCCAUGCCAUGACGGUCUCCGCCUCCAUGGCCACCUGCUUCUGCUCCUCCUCGUCCUUCUCUCCACCUGACCUCGCCGCCGUCCAUUCACCCCCAUCUCCCUCUCCUCGCCGUCUCCGUCGCCGGAGGUGGAGCUGCAGAGCGAGCAGCACCGGCGGCACGUUCGACCACAACCCGCUGCUGCAGCCACCACCGGACCUGCGCUUCCCGCUGCGCCUCCCCGUGCAGGAUGGCAGCUCGGGAAGCCGGCUGCGCAUCUUCUCCGGCACGGCGAACCCGACGCUGGCGGAGGAGAUCGCCUGCUACCUGGGGCUGGAGCUGGGGCGGAUCAAGAUCAAGCGGUUCGCCGACGGGGAGCUGUACGUGCAGCUGCAGGAGAGCGUGCGCGGCAGCGACGUGUUCCUGGUGCAGCCGACCUGCCCGCCGGCGAACGAGAACCUCAUGGAGCUGCUCAUCAUGGUGGACGCCUGCCGCCGCGCCUCCGCCAAGACCAUCACCGCCGUGGUGCCCUACUUCGGCUACGCGCGCGCCGACCGCAAGAUGCAGGGCCGCGAGUCCAUCGCCGCCAAGCUCGUCGCCAACCUCAUCACGCAGGCCGGCGCGCACCGCGUGCUCGCCUGCGACCUCCACUCCGGCCAGUCCAUCGGCUACUUCGACAUCCCGGUGGACCACGUCUACGGGCAGCCCGUCAUCCUCGACUACCUCGCCAGCAAGACCAUCUGCCCCAACGACGUCGUCGUCGUCUCCCCGGACGUCGGGGGCGUCGCCAGGGCGCGCGCCUUCGCCAAGAAGCUCUCCGACGCGCCCCUCGCCAUCGUCGACAAGCGGCGGCUGGGCCACAACCAGGCCGAGGUGAUGAACCUCAUCGGCGACGUCAAGGGGAAGGUGGCCGUGAUGGUGGACGACAUGAUCGACACCGCCGGGACGAUGCACAAGGGCGCAGAGCUGCUGCACAGGGAGGGGGCCAGGGCGGUGUACGCCUGCAGCACCCACGCCGUGCUCAGCCCGCCCGCCGUCGAGAGGCUCUCCGGCGGCCUCUUCCAGGAGGUGAUCAUCACCAACACCGUGCCGGUGCCGCCGGACCAGCGAUUCCCGCAGCUCACCGUGCUCUCCGUCGCCAACCUCCUCGGCGAGACCAUCUGGCGCGUCCACGACGAGUGCUCCGUCAGCAGCAUCUUCCAAUGAUGAUGAUGAUGAUGAUAUAUACACCCAUCCAUCAACAUAUCAUCUUACUACAUUACAACAUCUGUCACUUUUUGUUUUCCAGAGGCACCAAACAUUCACCUGACAUUGCUAACUAGCUAACAAUGCUGACAUAAAGAAGAUCCCUAUGUUGAUCAUCGUGUCAUCUACACACAAAUCAAAGAUAUAUUCACCGAUUGAUUGCUUGGUUGAUUA